AACUAAUCAAGUAUUAAAGCUACAUUCAUUCCAUCUGAUCACUCAUUUUCUGAAAAUUUGAUGCAUUCCAUUGUUCACCACAAGACCUUUUCUUCCUCUAAAUUUUAUAUAUACUAUUUAACAACACAGUAAAAUCCUUGUACUAUCCGAUAUUCUUGAUCCCAAUGUCUUCUGUAAGAUGUCGUAUGUUGCCUUCAACUAUGUUUUUGGUUCUUUUUAUUGCAUUUUUAUUUGUUUCACCAGCUUAUUCCACUUCCAGACAUGCACUAGAUCACUCCAAAGUUCAAAAGGGCUUCCAAAUUAGCCUUGAACACAUCGAUUCGGCUGGAAACUUCACCAGAUUCGAGCUUUUACAGCGCGCGAUGAAACGUGGGAGAAAGAGGAUGGAAAGGCUAAACUUAAUGGCCUUAGCAGAAUCAGAUUCUACUGUUGAAUCCCCAAUUCAUGCAGGAAAUGGUGAGUUUCUUAUUCAAUUGGCAAUAGGUACUCCCUCAAAGUCUUAUAAUGCUAUUAUGGACACUGGAAGUGAUCUAAUAUGGACUCAAUGUAAGCCUUGUAAGCAGUGCUUCGAUCAAUCUACACCGAUAUUUGAUCCCAAGAAAUCGUCGUCUUUUUCAAAGUUGUCGUGUUCGAGCGCUCUUUGCGAUGCGCUUCCUUCGUCAACUUGUAGUGAUGGCUGCGAGUAUCUAUACACGUAUGGAGAUUACUCGUCGACUCAAGGUGUUAUGGCUACCGAAACGUUCACGUUCGACAAAGUUUCGAUGCCUAAAGUUGCAUUUGGAUGUGGUCUAGAAAAUGAGGGGAGCGGGUUCGGUCAAGGGGCAGGGUUGGUGGGAUUAGGGCGUGGACCAUUGUCCCUUGUUUCACAACUUGAUGAACCCAAAUUCUCGUACUGCCUAACCUCAAUUGAUGCUAAAAAGACUAGUACACUUUUUAUGGGGUCACUUGCUGGAGUAAAUGCCACGAAAAAUUCAAUCAAAACCACCCCUUUAAUCAAGAAUCCAUCACAGCCUUCUUUUUACUAUCUUUCCCUUGAAGGGAUUACAGUUGGUGAUACCCUAUUACCUAUCAAAAAGUCCACUUUUGCACUCAAUUCAGAUGGGAGUGGUGGGAUGAUCAUAGACUCUGGCACCACAAUUACUUAUUUAGAAGAAAGUGCUUUUGAUCAGCUGAAAAAAGAAUUCACUUCUCAGAUGAAACUCCCGGUCGACAAAUCCGGCGAGACCGGCCUCGAUCUUUGCUUCAGUUUGCCAUCUGGUGCAACUGAUCUUGAGGUUCCAAAACUAGUUUUCCAUUUUACUGGGGCGGACUUGGAAUUGCCAGGGGAUAAUUACAUGAUUGCUGAUUCUGAUGUGGGAAUUGCAUGUUUGGCAAUGGGAAGUUCAAGCGGAAUGUCCAUUUUUGGUAACACUCAGCAGCAGAAUAUGUUAGUGCUUCAUGAUCUAAAGAAGGAAACAAUGUCAUUCAUUCCAACAGAGUGUGACAAGUUGUGAGCUAUAUUACAAGACAUGAUUGAACAUUGAGUACAGUCAUUAUACAUUACCAAGGAAGUGGAAAAUUUAUUAGCUUCUAUAAGUUUGGCCAACAAAAAGGGAUACAAAUAUCAAAAAAAUAUUGGAUCUUUCUUCGAUACGUAAUUGUUGUUUGUGUUUUGAAUGGAUAUAUACUUGAUUCUUCA